AGAAAUGGUCCUCAGUAACCUAUGCAAUUUGGGAAAAGUGGUGUUAUCCCUUUGCAACAAGCCAAAAUAUGAAAACACUAAACCAUGUAUUUUUAUCAUUCAAAACAGUUACUGUGAUAGUGUGAUUAGAUUUCAGAAAUGGGAAUUUACAUUUUGCAUGGACAUGUGAAAAGUUGAAAAUUUUAAUAAUGUAAUUAGUAUAGUUAAUAGUUGUACAGUUAAUGAUAUAUGUGACGGUCGCUUAAAGUAAAACACUUAAAUACUUCAUGGUAUUUUGUACAAACUCAAUUUAAUUUAAACCACAGUUUAUUUUAUUUAUUAUUUGUCGACUGUUAAGUUAAAAUAAGAAGAAUCUGCACAUAGCUGUUGAAAGGCCAUUUCAAUUGUUCUUGUCUUACUCCUGUGCCGAAAUGAACAAAGUGUUAUCAGUACCGCGAAUUAAAUUUGACAAUGAAACACUUGAAACAGAUACAUCAUCUAGUCAAUCAGAAGUGGAAAGAAAAAUUUCAUCAUUAUUUGAAUUAUAUUGUUCUAAAGUAGAAUGUGAUCCAGAUGUUCCAGUUUUAUAUAAACCUAUUCACUUGUCAUAUAUAAGAAGCCAUUUGUUCAAGCUGCCUCAAAAUUAUGAGUGUUUAGAUUCGAGUCGUCCAUGGUUAUGCUAUUGGUUGUGCCAGUCCCUAGCACUCCUAAACUAUGAACUCACAUCGGAAGAAAAGUCCAAUGUCGUUUCUUUUCUAUCAAAAUGUCAGCACGAAACAGGCGGUUUUAGUGGAGGUCCGAACCAAAUGCCACAUUUAGCACCAACAUAUGCUGCUGUCAGUGCUCUGUGUUUGAUUGGUACAGAAGAAGCCUUCAAUACAAUUAAUAGAAAAAAAUUACAUUCAUUUUUGAUGUCUUUACGAAUGCCAAAUGGCUCGUUUUGCAUGACCAAGUAUGGUGAAUCUGACAUUCGUGCUGUAUACUGUGCAGUAACUGUGGCUCAAUUAACUAAUGUAUACACCGCCGAUAUGUUUGAAAGUACCAAUCGAUGGGUAAUUCGAUGCCAAACAUAUGAAGGUGGAUUUGGGGGUGUACCUGGAGUGGAAGCUCAUGGAGGAUAUACAUUUUGUGGAUUUUCAUCUCUAAUUUUACUUAAAUCUAUUCACAUGUGUGAUACAAAAGCCCUUUUGCGUUGGGUAGUCAAUAAACAAAUGUCAUUUGAAGGCGGAUUUCAAGGACGAACAAAUAAACUCGUAGAUGGAUGUUAUUCAUUUUGGCAGGCUGGUAUUUUUCCAGUAUUGACAAACCUUUUGGAAAGUGAAGGGAAUUGUACUUUGUGGCCAUUGUACGAUUACAAAGCUCUCCAAGAAUAUGUGUUAAUAUGUUGUCAAAAUAGAUACAGUGGCGGUCUUAUUGAUAAACCCGAAAAACCUCCCGACGUGUACCAUACGUGUUACGUGUUAAGCGGCCUAGCGUUAGCUCAACAUGCUGUAAAAAACGAAACUAGUACUGUUGGGAGCCAUAAAAACAUAUUGAACAGUAACAAUCCUAUUUAUAAUAUGGAGCUCACGUGUUUAAAAAAAGCAUUAGAUUAUUUUAAAUCCACAACACCAAUAAACUAAUAUUGAUAAGCUUUGUAUUGACCGCUAAGAGUAGAGUGAGUAACCUAAGCUGUAAAGUUCAAACAAAUACUACUUGAAAUUAUUUAGCAUACAAGCAAAACUUUAUAAUCAACACAAUAGUAAUUAUAAUAAUUAUAUUUUAUUCUCAAAAAAAUGUAAUUAACAACGGUAAAACUAAAAUCUAUAAAUAAAUUCCUAACAAAAUAAGUAGAUUUAAUAGUAUUCUGUGGCCCUCGAAUGAACGACCAUGCGCUGAAACUAAAAUGCAUCACUCCUGUGAACACCUGUGCAAACAGUAGUAAUGCAUUUUAGUUUCUGCCCAUGGUCAUUCUCUCGUGGGCCGCAGUAUAGAAUAUACAUUUUUAUUGUAUUGUCUUUUUUAAAUAAUUUUAAUUUUUAAAAAGAAAUCAUGGACAUUUUGGGAAAAUGUAAUACAAUUUUUGAGUUAAUUAAUAUUAUAUUAAUAAAUAUUUUUUAAAGUAAUUUUAUUAAGAAAGUGGAAAAAUAUGUUUCAAUAAAAUUGUUAUAAUAUUUGUAAAUUU